UCCACAUCCAUAUAUUUAUAUAUAUAUAUAUGUGGUGCACAGCUUUCUCUCUCUCUCUGCGCUGUGCGAAAUGAGUUCUGUAAUCUGUAAGCUCUCACUGCCCACCUUCAUUUCCUCUUCAUACUCUUCUUCUAAAGAUACCAACUCCAACUCCUCGAACAAGUCAGUGAAGCUAAGAGAAGACUGGAGGCAACGCUCCAGACCCAUCCCACCUGGCGGCACAUAUCCUGCAAAGGAUCAUUGCAGUCGAUGUGGAUUAUGUGAUACCUAUUACAUUUCCCAUGUAAGGAAUGCUUGUGCCUUUCUUGGAGACGGAAUGUCGAGAAUUGAAGGUUUGGAGGCUGUUGUUCAUGGUAGAGGGAGAAAGAUAGAUUCUUCAGAUGAGAUGUAUUUAGGGGUCCAUGAAGAGUUGUUGUAUGCUCGUAAAACUAAGCCUGUUGAAGGAGCUCAAUGGACAGGAAUUGUGACUACCAUUGCCAUUGAAAUGCUGAAAGCUGACAUGGUUGAUGCCGUUAUAUGUGUACAGAGUGAUCCAGAGGACAGGCUCUCCCCAAGGCCUGUGUUAGCCAGGACACCUCAGGAAGUUCUAGCUGCUAAAGGAGUCAAGCCAACAUUAUCUCCUAAUUUAAAUACCCUUGCAUUGGUUGAGGCUUCUGGUGUGAAGCGUCUUCUUUUCUGCGGUGUCGGUUGCCAAGUGCAGGCAUUAAGAUCUGUGGAGCACCAUUUGAACUUGGAGAAGCUUUAUGUAUUGGGGACCAAUUGUGUGGAUAAUGGAACUCGAGAAGGGCUUGAUAAAUUUCUAAAGGCUGCAAGUGAUGAACCAGAAACGGUUCUUCAUUACGAGUUUAUGCAAGAUUACAAGGUCCACUUGAAGCACUUGGAUGGUCGCAUUGAAGAGGUUCCUUAUUUCUGUCUACCAGCCACUGAUUUAGUUGAUGUUAUUGCUCCAUCUUGCUAUAGCUGUUUUGACUACACAAAUGCUUUAGCGGAUCUGGUGGUUGGGUAUAUGGGUGUUCCAAAAUAUGCUGGAGUUAGCAUGACGCAGCAUCCACAAUAUGUAACAGUCAGGAACGACAGAGGGAGAGAAAUGCUGGAUUUGGUGAGAGGUCUUCUGGAGAUUACUCCAACAAUUAGUAGUGGUGACAGGAGACCAUUUGUUAUGGAAACUGUAAAGGCAGAUGACAAUGCUAAGUUGGGGAAGGGUCCUUCUCAAUCUGCACCCAAAUUUGUUGGGAACUUUUUAGCUUUUAUACUAAACUUGAUUGGCCCAAAAGGUUUGGAAUUUGCUCGCUAUUCACUAGACUACCAUACCAUCAGGAACUAUUUGUAUACAAACCGUGCUUGGGGAAAAGCAAGAGCUGAGAGGCAUACACCUUCUUAUGCUAAGAAAAUUGUGGAAAUGUACAACCAGAAUGGCCAAAUCGAUCAGAUGCUACAGAAUAAGUGACUACCAGACUCUGCCAUGUAUGUGAUAAAAUGUUCUUUGUAGCCUAGUGUGGUUUGGAAAUUACGGUUUCUGGAUCUGACAGUUGAAUGUAUGUUUGGCCAUCAGAGCCAUGUAAAAUUUUGUAAAAAUUAGCUUGCACCAUCAAAUACCCACUUCCUUCUCAUA